GAAAAUAAUUACAGUGGUUGAUACUGAGAGCAAAUAUGGUUGAAUGUUAUAUCAAAGGGUGAACUUGGGAAAUGUGGGUAUGAAUAAACAAACAACAGCAACAAAGUCUUGGAUACACGAUCGAAAUGAAUAAUAGUACUGGGUGGGUGGAUCGAGCAUGCGCAGUUCACUCAGUGCUCGGCUCGGUUCGGUCAAAAAAACGCAGAGACGGCUCGGUGAGGAAAGACGGAGCAAGGAAGGACAAGAAGGGGGGGAAAUGAGCAACAUGGAUACGAACGUCCUAUUACAGUAGUGUGAAAGUUUCUCCUGGAAGCCCCGUUAUCCCAAUGGGUGUCGUGCUUGGGAAUGAGGAGAUAUCCAGUCAACUGCAGCACGAGGAAGGACGUGACAGUGAUUGGAGCAGAGACGAUGGGAGAUGCGGCGCACGACGGCGGCGUUAGGCGGACUUUCAUCGUCCCUGCCAUAAGGAGCUUUGAGCACUAUGAUUUCACCAGGGCGAAGAUCUCCUCCAGCCUGACGUGGUUGGUAGCGAAGGCCUUUGGCUCGGACGAAGUGCCAGAUGAGCUGGUGGAGCCUUUCUACAGGGACCAGUACAACCAGGAGCACCUGAAGCCACCGGUCGCCAGCCUCCUCCAGUCUGCUGAGCUCUACUGCCGAGCGGGAAGCCUGAUUCUUCGAAGCGAUGCCGUUAAACCUUUACUGGGUCACAACGCCGUCAUCCAGGCUCUGGCCCAGAAAGGUUUAUAUGUCACUGACCAGGACAGGCUCGUCACAGAGAGAGAUCUGACCAGCACGCCUAUACUCAUGACAUCCCACUUGGCACUGAUAGACACGCUGAUGAUGGCUUACACGGUGGAGAUGAUGAGUGUGGAGCGGGUGAUGUCCUGCGUCAACAGACAUUGUUCCGCAGGGCCCUCGCACAUCGACAAGCAAGUCCUCGAGCAGCCUUACGACACGGAGGAUGCCAUCACCAUGUGGCUCAACAAGGUGAAUGAACACCUGAGGGACAUUCUUGUUGAAGAGCAGAAGUUGAAAGAAGGCUCCGAUCAAGAAUCAAAUUCGACGCCCAAGUCUUCCAACAAAUGGUACUGGAGACUUGUACCUGCUCGCUACAGGAGGGCGCAUGCCCAGCAGAACAGUGCACCCUUGCUCCCCCUGGUGGACAAUCUGCUGAAGGACAACACAGAUGGCUGCGCCCUGGCGGCUCUGCUGCAUUUUUACUGCCCACGGGCUGUUCGAUUAGAAGAUAUCUGCCUGAAGGAGAUCAUGUCGCUGGCUGACAGUUUGUACAACCUGCAGCUGGUGCAGGACUUCUGCAGGACUAACCUGAACCGCUGCUGCCACUUCAGCCUGGAGGACAUGCUCUACGCGCAUGCAUCCAUUAAGAGUAACUACCUGGUGUUUCUGGCUGAGCUCUUCUGGUGGUUUGAAGUGGUCAAACCCUCGUUCGUACGUCCCAGAGUCUUUGACCCGAAUGCCAUUGACCCUGUAAAAUCCCGUCGAAAUAUGGCUCCUGUGUCUAAGCAGAACAAUGUUGACAUGCCUGAUAGCCCGGAGGAUGUCUCUGAGGAAGGUGUAAUGAAGAGAUCUACCUCGAUGUCCUUUGUGGACGGUUGUGUUGGGACUUGGCCACAGGAGAGACGCUCUUCCACACGCGGAAUCUCCUUUGAGAUUCCUCUGGAUGGAGACGCCACAGUGCCGUCCUGUGAAGCGCCCGCCCUCCACAGGAUGACCCGCUCUGCCAGCAGCGAUGGUCUCGGGUUCAGACUUCACUUUGCACCUCGAGGUGGCAUGAAGCGCCAUGUGUCCCUCAUGCCAGUCAAUGUGAAUGGACAAAGUAGAGACAUCACAGAAGAUGAGGAAGACUUCACUCCCCGCAAACCACUGGGCAGGAACAACACAUUCUCAAUCAAGAAUCAAAGCAGGCAUCCCAAUGGAGUCCUCCCUGACACCAAUCACCACGGUAACCACAGCGGCCACAUCAGUCCCUCGACCCCUCCGAGCAUCGAGGAGGCACUCAAAAUUAUCCACGACACCGAAAGGCCCCACGCCAGCCUGGGCAUGGGAGACAGAGACAACGGCUUCUUUCUCCAUGAUGCUCGACCUUCAGGAUCUUCGGGGGCGGUGGGUCAAGGAGUCGACCCGGGUGCAGCUAAGGCCCGGUUCAAUGACCGCGACUCUAAUUCGCUCUCAACCGACGACACUGGGAUCCACGUGAAGACAGAGGAAAUCCAAAGCUUGGAUGAGGACUCAUCUCUGAGAGACUAUUCAGAUAUAGACCCAGACUGUGAGACCGUGACGCGCUCUUGCCCCCUUCCGGAGAGGAACUGGGAAGGCCGGCGUAAAGGGGUUGGUGAGUCAAACCCCGGCAGAGGGGAUGGAGAAGACAGGAGUUCAGCUCCCACGCUGCCCAGAUCUCACACCGUUAGCCCCGCCUCAUCCUGCUCCGGAGGCGGCAUGGUGCGCAUGACCAGCUUUGCCGAGCAGAAGUUCAGGAAGUUGGAGGGAAGGAGCAGUGGAGGAACCACCCCGGAGAGUUCCAAUGUCAACACGCCAUAUAAACCCCCAGCAAGGAACAGUUACUCACAGAUCGGAACACCCCCUUUGCCAAUCACAUCACCGUCUCCAGUCACGCCUUCUCCCAAAGAUCCCUCCCACCUGAUUGCCUCCGAGAUGAUCCAGCUGAGGAUGAAGCUGGAGGAGAAGCGCAGAGCCAUCGAAGCUCAGAAGAAGAAAGUGGAGGAAGCCUUCACGCGGCACCGUCAGAAGAUGGGCAGAACAGCCUUUCUGAAUGUAGUGCGAAGAAAAGGAGUCACGAGUCCGCUCAGUCCCAAUUCCAGCGGAGCGCAAACGCCUUCGACAAAGACGCUAAGCAGCCACGGCAGCAUGGAGAGGGCGGAGAGAUGCAAGCCUGAUGGUGCGGCUCCCAAAUCUCCCUGUGAAGAUGGAGGGGAGUCGGACCUUGCAGAGUACACUCGCUCAAUUGAGAGGCUGAACACGUCACUGGGCUUCCUGCAGACGGAGAUGCAACGACUGGCUCAGCAGCAGGAGAGGAUCAUGUCCAUGAAAGAACAACAGCAAAAAGCUUGGGUCAUUCCUCCCCCUGCGCCAUCACCACACAGGCAGCUCCGUGAGUUGCGCAGCAGCAGUGUCACGGGCCGAGCGUCAGCCAGAGGAUCGGUGGGUUCCUUGUCCCCCGUUUUGUCCUCGUCAGGUUCCGCCAAUCCCGUCAGUCGUCCCUCUGCCGGCCUUAAGCGACGGCCCGCCUCAUUCCACGCCAGGACACCUCGGACACCGCGGCCGAACGAUCUAAAGAUCACACCCAUCAACCGAAUGCUCAACACCCCCACGUCAGUGGACAGCUUGCCGAGACUGAGGCGGUUCACGUCGAGCCAGACGCACACCAGCUCAUUUGCAUACCUGAGCUCCGACGAGGGAUCCAGGAAUAGCAAGAGCUUGGAGACCAAGGAGAGCAAAGAAGACUCUAAGGGCAAAGAAGAGGUGGUGGAGAAGAAUUGUGCUGGCACUCCUCCACCUCCUGCAGCCAGAGAGAAAGAAGAAGGAUCAGGAGAGCCAGAAGACAGUCGGCGGAGAAAUGAAAAGUCGAGGACUCCAGAGGUCUUGUGUCAACCCACGUCUGAGAUCCAAGGCAACAAACACCCUCAGGAAAAGAGAGAACUAGUGAAGGUGACGCUGUCUGGACUCUGGACUCCAGAGAGCCAAGCUCAGGAGACAACUGGAGAAACUGGAGAGGACCAAAAGAUGUGCUGUGGGUUCUUCUUUAAGGAUGAUGCAAAAGAUGAAGAGGACAUGGCGGCAAAGAAAGCAGCUCUCCUGGAGAAGAGGCUGAGGAGGGAAAAGGAGGCACAGGAGAAGAAGCAACAGCAGGAGCUGGACCAGGAGCAGAAGAAGGAAGCCGCUCGGUUGAAAGCAGAGGAAGAGCAACAGAAGAGGGACGAUGAAAAGGAGAGGAGAGAAUACAUCAAGAAUGAGUAUCUCCGGAGAAAACAGCUCAAGCUGAUGGAGGACAUGGAUCAAGUGGUCAAGCCCCGAUGCGGAAGUCUAAAGAAGAAGCCUCGCCCAAAGUCCAUUCACAGGGAUGUUAUGGAGUCCUCCACUCCCCCUGUGAGAGGAACAGGGGUGCGUCCUCGAGGCUACUCGGUGUCUAGCGUUUCUUUGGCCUCGUUGAAUCUGACUGACAAUGAGAGCAACCAUCAAGAUAACAAGAAGUACUACAGAGGCAAUAAAGUAGCACCUUCUCACGUUCCGUUCUUUCUAAACUCUCCUAAAGAAAGAAAAGGAAGGCCUGAGUCGUCUGAGGGCUUCUCCUCGUGCCCCUCUGCCGGUAGUCGUAACGGAGAGAAGGAUUGGGAAAAUGAUUCAACCACUUCCUCAACUCCGUCCAACACUGAGUACACAGGACCCAAACUAUAUAAGGAGCCCAGUGCUAAGUCCAACAAGCACAUCAUCCAGAAUGCUCUGGCCCACUGCUGCCUGGCUGGAAAGGUCAACGAAGGGCAGAAAAACAAGAUCAUUGAUGAAAUUGAGAAAUCCGAAGCCAAUAACUUUCUGGUGUUGUUCCGUGACACUGGCUGCCAAUUCCGAUCGGUGUACGCCUACUGUCCCGAAACGGAGGAAAUCACGCGGCUGGCCGGGAUCGGGCCAAAGACCAUCACCGGCAAGAUGAUCGAGCGCCUUUAUAAGUACAACUCGGACAGGAAGCAGUUCAGCCAGAUCCCAGCCAAAACCAUGUCAGCCAGCGUGGAUGCCAUCACCAUUGCCAGUCAUCUGUGGCAUAUCAAGAAGCACGGCACGCCCAAAAAGAUGCACUUAAAGUAGCACCAGCGAGCAACAGUCUCUGGAAUAUGGAGAGCCGUUUGAGCAUUUGUUCGAUAUCCUUAGUAUCCAGGUUGAGGUCCACCUACUAGAAGCCUCUUUGUCCUCAUUAGUCAGAUAAUUCCGUGCAUUAGUAGAGAAACUUUCUUCAAAAGGUAACAUUUUUUUCCACUGCAGUGAAUUUGUCUACUUGCAGAUUUUUGGGAGAGACUCGUUCACUGUCUUUGUGCUCAGACCAAAGCCAUGUCUUGU